AUGGCAAGAGCUAGUCGGAUGCAUCCCAAUCGUGACGAGCCCUUGGUGACGGUGCCGACGGUCGUAAACCGUUGUGUAGCUACGGGAGAACACGGAGGAAACGAUAACAUCAACCACAACAAAUGCAACCUCCGAGCAUCACAACUGGAAGCCGACACCCCCUUCUUCGUCAGCGGUGAGACGACGAUGGCGCUCCUGGUGGUCUUCAACUUUGACUGCGGCGGUGGCGACCUCAACGGAGGUGGUGGAGCAGCGUCGGAGAUCGUGAGAGUGGAGGUGGCGGCUGGAGAUCUCCGAUGA